AUGGAUGAGUUGGAAAGGUUGUAUGAACAUCAGACGAUGAUGGCUAUAGGAAUUUAUUCAUUUCUUGACAAUCUGCUAUCGCAUGUUCCACCACAACAGAAUAGAGACGAUGCUGAAGAAGGAACAAACUCUAUUAAUUCUACCCCAGGAGAAGCCUCCUUGCCUGUUAUGGAGGCCGAGGCUCUGGAACUUCGACGCCAACGAAUACAUUCUCUGAGAUCAAACAUCGCAAGAACUACACAUCUGAGUGACGCGGGACACUUACCACCAGGGUUCAUUAUUAGCCUGAGUACUUCUAUCUCAGGUGAUAUUUCGGGUGAAGAAGAGCCAGUUGAGAACUCGAAUUUAGAUACCAUGUCACAGCCUAAAUGUUCUAUAAUAGCAGGUGGAUAUUCUGAAGAGUUUUUUAUCAAUUUAUCAGACAAAGAAAAGGAGGAAUUUACAUGCAGUGUAUGGUGA